GACUUGAGGUUUACAACUGACGUGUCUUUCUCAUCUUUCUCUUUUAUAUAAAUCAUCAUUUCGAUAACUGAAUUAACCACCACACCGACAACGCCACACUCCAUUCGCAAUGGGUACCUUGACCGCAUACUGCCUACGCCUCGACACGCAUUGCCCUCACAAGCUCGCCACAAGCUGCCGAUUAACAUCAACACCGAAUUGCUGCGCAUGCGCCGACGAGCGUGUUCAUUCGCGCACCUAUCGCGUCUACAUUGAUGGCGUUGGUUUUGUGAAUCGCGGGACUCGGUGGCAAGGCUACUGUUGGUUUUGCAAAGAGUUUUGGACAAAUCGACUCGCUGCUACCGAUCCGCCACUCGAGGUUUCCCAGACGCGCAUUCCAGAGAUUCCGGAUCAGACUGAGUUUUGGAUAGAUGGUGGGAGUUUCAUCAGGGUUAUCGCAUCGCGAAAUUGCCGGAUGGCACUGAGCAGCAUAUGCCCGUGAUAGGGGAGCCGCUUGUAGAAGUUAGCCCGGGAUUUUUACCGAGGACGCUGGAUCAACUUAGGGCUGGGGUGCAGAAUGAUGCGAUGAGGCCGGAGAAUAGGCUUAGGAGGAGACGGCUGACGUCGGAAGAAGAGCGGCCGGAGGAGCCUCAUGAGAGUCUUGAAGACGCGCUGGACGCAUUGAUUCAAGAUGAGGAUGAGGUUCCGAUUCAGAGUCCACCGACGGCGGAUCCGGCAGCACCACCAGUUGCAGUAACCCCACACAUCCAAGAAGACCCAUCGGAGCCGCCGCGACCAAUGACAAGAAGAGAAGCACAAUUACAACGUAUGAGGGAGAGAUUCGCCCGCGUCUUUGGCACUCGCGAGGAACAAGACCAAGAAGACUACGAAUCACCACUAACCCAAAUGUACACACGUGCUCAAGAUCGUUAUCGCCAGGCUGAACAACGGCGCGCAGACGGUACAGACGAGGCGCCUCCCCUCGAUGGCCUACCAGCGCGAGAUCGCCGAGAAAUCGAAGAACAACUCGUCUGGGGCGUAAUGCGAGAAUCACAAUCACUAUCAGAAAGCCUAGAGCCAGAGAGUGCAGUAUGGAGCUACACCCCUCGACCCCACCGCUCCGAAGGCAGCAGUGACCCCAUCGACAUCCACAUGCCGGAUCCGCGCUGGCUAAACCUAGACCCCUCCAACAAUACCAACGGCGGAGCAACAGCAGAAACAGCAGCAGCAACAGACGUCUUCCAACCCUAUUUCUUGGAAUCAACAACAACAACCCACCGCCCCCCCCCACUACCCCCAUACUCCCGAACCAGCACCCAAGCUCAAAUGCGCGCCUCCACCGAAACCCGUCUCAGCAACAUGCUCUCCCUCCUAACAACCUCCUCCCAAGACCCCUCCCUACCCCCCGCAACCUUCCCUACAGACUUCCCCUCCCUCCGCGUCUCCAUAGAACAAGAACUCGCCCGCCUACGCUCCUCCCGCGGUGGCGUCCGUCCCCCCUCCCCACCCCCUGUAACACUAGACUCCCAGCCCGACCGGCCUGCCCCAAGGACGGAGGAGGAAAUGACAAAGGUGCUGGCCUGUCAGGUGUGUUAUCAGCAGAUUGCUGAUAUUGCGGUCUUGCCGUGUGGCCAUAUGGUCAUGUGUGUUUGGUGUGCGGAUGUUGUGGUGCCGGUUAGGCAUGGGAGUGUGCCUGUGGGGAGGGUCAGGUGUCCGAUGUGUAGGAAGGGGGUUAAGCAGAGGGUUAGGAUCCAUACUGGUUAG